AUGGAAUUAUCAGCAGUUGUUGCAAAUGGAUAUAUUGUUGCCUUAAAUUGUAUCAACUGGGUCAAAAGCAGAAAACUGACCUCCUAUGAUAAGAUAAUAACCAGUCUGGUCUUCUCCAGAUUUUGCCUACAAGUCUUUGUGUCAUCAGACAAUUUCUUAUAUAAGUUAUAUCCAGAUUUCUUUCAUAUGAAUGAAACAUCAAGCCCUUGUGCAGUUAUUGAGAUGUUUAUAAAUCAUUGUCUAUCAAGAAAUGCCACGAUUUCAGACAAUAACAAGAACCAUGCAGUGUUCGCUUUUCUGAUACAUGGCAUAGGAUCUAUUUCCCCCAUUAUUCUAUUUAUUACUUCAUCUGCUUUGUUAAUCAUAUCCCUUUGGAGACACAUCAGGAAAAUGAGACUUAAUUCAGACCUUAAUGCAAGUUUCAGGAACCCCACUAUGGAUGCCCAUGUGCAUGCACUUAAAUCUGUGGUGUCCUUUUUCAUCCUCUACAAUAUUUAUUAUAUGGCUUUAACAUUGUCAAUUGGAACACUAGCCUAUGUCAGUGAUGAAUGGAUAAUUACAGUGUGUACAAUUAUAGUUGCUGCCUAUCCUUCUCUACACCCCAUUGUCUUGAUUCUGGGCAACCCCAAAUUAAAACUGGCCUCAGCAAGGAUUCUGCAUUCUGCCAAUUGCUGA